AUGUAUGGUCAGCCGAGUCGUUCUGAUCCUCCAUCACAGCCAGAAUGGCGACUUCCUCAACGUCCCUCGCAGCCGUCGCAGCCGUCGCCAGGGCCUCCUCCUCCUCCUCCUCCUCCACGUCCUCCGGUCUCUUAUUCACCAGCUGUUCCAUAUUCGCCGGCCACUUACGGACUGAUUUCUAAUCCGCAAAGGCUACCGUCACCGAGUGGUGCGGAUACAACCACGUGGGGAGUGCGGUUCAACCAAAACUCCGGUCCCCCACUGCCCCCUCGACCUACGAGUACCAAUGAGCAACGAUAUGACUAUGGGCCAUCUCAGUCGCAUCCAUCUAUCACAACCCCUUUCUAUGGGAGCCAACCCUCUCCGCCCCCACCUCCACCUCCACCUCCAUAUACACCAACACCACCAACCAGUGUUCCACAACCGCCCCCCAAAAUCCCACAAGGGCCCCAACAUGCACCAGCUGUACAAGGCGAUCAAAUGGGCCGAUCUCCAUUGCCCGGCCAGGGCGCAGGGUCGGCUGCGAUGAUUAGGCCUUACGAAUCCCGCCUGCCUAGCCUCGAUACAAAUAAUAUUACAUCUCCCGGCGCAUCGGCUCUAGGUCUUGGAUCACCAUCGGAUUGGGAGCAUCUUGGCCCAGCCCCUGGACACUUCGAUGACGCAGCGUGGUUCCCAUCUCGCAAAACGCCCCCUCUGCGUAAGGAAGAGUAUCAACCACCAUCAAGUGUUCCGGGCGAUACUCCCACCGCACCUGUGAAAAACGAGUCUGACAUAUCCGCUCGCCCGAGAACUGAUACAAAUGAAACGCUUUCGAGUACUAUCUCCGAGGUGACACAGUCGGGACGGGCUACCUCGAAUUCCCCCGUUAGUCCAUGCACAACACAUGGAAUACCUACACCACCUCCACUGACCCGUGUGGACACCAACGGAUCUGCAUUGUCUAUGGGACGCUCAGAAAGUAUCGAUAAUGUGAUAGACGCAUGGGUCCGUCCCUUGUCUCCAGCGCAUAAACCAGUUCAACCGGAGCAUCAGGACCACCCCGGCGCAUUGUAUCAAAGCCCUGUAGAGCGCUCACAGUCUGCGCAAACUAGCUCAAAUAGUUCUGCACGAAUCGCUGAAGGAUCCAGGAGAGCGGCUACACCAAAGAACCAAGAUCCCUUCGAGGAUAUGGACCCCUGGUCCAAAUCAUCGUUGGAAAGAUAUGUCGCCAUGCUACGUAAGGAGGCAGUGGCUGACUUGGAUGAAGAACGAUAUAAGAUUUUCACGGCUUUUAUGGCCAAGGAGACCAAGCUCCGGGAGAUUCUCUAUAAUAUUGAGCAUGAGCCUGAAAUUACACCGCCGACUCCGCGAGCUACCGACCCUACUCCUCGGCAGCUAUCUAUUUCCUACAAAAGCAAACCACCUGUUGAGUCUGGACUGAUACUUGUCUCGUCGGAAGAAAUACCGCCUCCCUCAGUGGCAACAGUAACAGAGGAUGAAGAUCUCGAUGAUGUUGGAAGUGAGUACAGCUCAGGUGGUCGGCCUCUGCUAGCUAAGGAAGCGAGACGGGGUUCGCAAUUUUCUCCUAGCCUAUCUACUGUACCCUCGGGCGCAGAGUCGACGCAUCUUUCAAGGCCCUUAUCGAUUAUGUCAACAGAUACGCAGAAGCAAAGCUUGGAGCCCCUCGCUACGAACCCCCCGCGGCCCAUAUACACGCCAUUCCAGUAUAAAGAGGGUCCUCAGCGAGGCUCGGACAACCUCACAUUUGCUCGCCCAGCCUACCAAGCCUACUCUGAUAUGCGACAAGCAGCUGUCAAUGGGCGAGUCAUGUCAAAUACUCCAGCACCUAAAUCUCAUUCCAGGUCCAACACUGCACUUAUUUCUCCGACUCAGAAUGACGAAACCUUUCUUGGUCUGAUCCGUCACAAGAGCGUUGCUUAUUCUAAACCGACAGAGCAAAACUCUCCGCCGCUUCCAUUGCUGCCAGAAACUCUUCGUCAAGGCCGACCGAGGUCUCUUGUGGAAGAAUUACGCACCAUAGUAUUGAAACCCUUGGACAAUCAGUCUGAGAGCUCGUGGCACAUCACGACUCGUGAGGAACUCGAAGGGUUCUCUGAUGAUUUCACGUACGUCCAACGGGCCACUGAUCAAUGGGAAGAAACAGCGCAAGCGAGACGGCAAAAGCUAGACCAGGAGCGUAUGGUUCGUCAGGAUGAAUCUGAGCAACACAUCGAUGACCUUUUCAAUGGGAAAGAGAUCGGGUAUGCGGAUAUCAAUACCUUGGAAGAAGAGUUCCGACAAACUGAAGCUCGGGUCCAAUUAGAGGAGGAACGGCAAGAAGUAGAUGAUUUCAUUACGCAUGUCUUUAACCCCUUGGAUGAAGGCCUGAAAAAUGAAAUUUCGGCGCUUCGUAAGUCCUACGACGCUGCUCUCAACCAACUCGACCGUGAUCAACAGGGCAAGUCCCCUCCAAGCCAGCGAGGCAGCCCGUCUGUGACCAUGAAAAUGAUCAACAACAUGCACAACAAGCUUGAAAUCAGAUUCCAGAAACGUCUUGAUUUGGCCCUUGACUGUGAGCGACGACGGAAAAAGGCCGAGCGGCGACCACUUGUGUUCAUGGGUGAUGUGGCAGGUCUGCGAAAACUAGAUGGGGAAUUUGACCAGAUGGAACGGCGAAACAUUCUAGAAGCGUGCAAGGAUCGUGAUGACCGAGCCAACCGACUCAUGGAUUCUUUCGACGAUGCAAUUCUGCACGGGCUAGGUGUAAAUCAGAGCCUUCUGGACGAGGUUUCCUCGAAAGCAGCCCGGCUAGAUACGGCCACCCUCCGAGCCUCUGGUCUACCGCACUCUGAACUUGAGCAGAUUCUCAAAUCUGCGGCAACCUUUGCGGCAUCUCUCCGGGCCGAUUCGGAGGCCAUCAUCCGCAGCGCUGGGGUUGCAGAUAUGGCCCUCAACGAUGCCGACUAUGGAGUCUCCGUUGCUGAGGCACGAUAUGCCAACUCAGAUCCGGAUAUUUUCAACCGGCUGGGGGACGAGAAGAAAAAAGAGGAUGAGAAAAUUCAGGAUGACCUGAAUUCAAAGUUGCAGAGCAUUCAGAAGGCGCCUGAGCAGAUUGAGGCCACAAUUCAACGCCUUCUCCUUGGCUUACACAACGACCCCCACACCGCUGCUCCGGUCUCCCCAGUCCAAGACUCUUUCCCAACAAGACCGCCUAGUGAGGUACCCAUACCUCCAAGUCUCCGCCCUUCGACUACUAGUCCGGGUCCAGCUUCCAGUCCAGCGCCCGUGAGUCCAAGCACGGAUGAAGACUUGGAACAUAAACAGAGGCUUCUCAGAGCGCUAGAGGCGGCCAAGCAGCGCAAUGCUGCCAAAGGUCGCCAUUGA